CACACUUUUCACACGUCGAAUCACGUUGUACUCAAAGUCUGCAUCUGGUAAGGAAAUUCAGUUCGUAAAUUCUCGUUUUUCUCAAUAUUUUGAAUCCUUUCCGAGGGAUACACAGGCUGGGCGAACCAUGAGUGAAGAAAAGUCUUUAGAGGACUUCUUUGCGAAGAAGGAUAAGAGUAAGAAAAGUAAAAAAAGUAAAACUAAAUUUGCGAAGAGCACGACGGAAGAGAUUGCAAAGAGACUCACCGAAGCUGACCUAAAGAAAGAAAGAAAAGAGAAAGAGAGUCAGAAGGAAAAGCCGCCACCUCCAAAGGAAACAGACGACAAAGAAGACAAACCAAAAGACAUAAUAGGGGAUGAAGAUGACUGGCGGGAUAAUGAAGAAAAAGAAAAGGACUACAGUGGGCUGAAGAUCCAAUUACAAAUCAGUGCAAACCCUGAUCAAGACGAAGAAGAAGAGGAAGAGGAGGAGCUGGACGAGUUCGGAGAACCAAUCAAAAACAAGGGAUCUGCGCACAGUGGUCCCUGGAACAAGCUAGAACACGAUCCCGAUCAAGAGACAGAAACAGUAGCGCAACCACCACCACCGAAGCCCGUCGAGCCGGUCGUGGCGUCAUCCAAAGUCGUCGGCGGAAAGUACGUACCUCCAGGUAAACGUGGUGGUGACUCCGGCAGCACGCCAUCAGGUCCAUCCAGCAGAUCAUACAAGAAGAAGUCUGCUCCACAGAUUAACAACGAGCAGGAGUUCCCGUCGCUAGCCGCCAGCUCCGAUUUAGCUAAACAUACUGACAAGAACUCCGACAAGAACUUUGAGAAGGUAACAAGAGGAGGCCCAAGCAUACCCAACCAUGGCGGUCAAGGACCAAAACUGGAUCUUGAAAAUCGCUACGCCGCCCUGGAACAAAACUGAAUUUAGGAGAGCUUUGUAAAAACGGCUCCUCCGGGGAAAAACAAAAAAGUAAUAACAAACUUGACAUGUGAUGAUGAAUCAUGCACUUUAUUAAAUUGAGAAAAAACUUGUACGAGAAAAACUUUCAUGUAGACUGUGAAUACACUUACCAAGAUGUCGCAGGAAGGUUGCAGAAAUUUUCGUGAGCAAGAUAAAAAUUAUCUUCAGAGAAGAGAAUUUGUGUUUUCGAGAAUGUAUGCAACGCUUUGUGCAAGGAAUUCAGGGAUGGGAGUUGGUGGGGGUAAUUGUAGCUUUGGCUGGGUAGAGUAUGGAUGUUGUGAAAAGACGGCUUGAAAGAACUGCCCUACGUGUAUGUAUUACUGUUUUGGAUGAGCUUCGCAGGCCUGUCUACAUGUACAUGUACUUGGUUUCUGAAAGGCAAGGGCACCAAGGCCUUUUCUUCAUGGUAAAGGGCACUCUC